CUUAGUCCACUCACCUAAUUUCAAUCCUGUACGUAUCACAUAUAAGUAAAGGACAUCCUGUCCCUCUUAUUAAUUUAUCUCUUAUCAAUAGCAAGAAAGUUUGAAAAAGUAUUUAAAUGAGAAUUAAAUUCCUUUCGAAUCGUCGUCUUAUAAUGGGAGAGAGAGAGAGAGAGAAAUUUCUCAUUAAACGUAUACUAGAAAAGCAAAAGCAAAAUGCGGUUGCCUUGUUGUCUCCCCAUACUUUCAAUUAAAAAUAUGGAAAAAUUGUACAUUUUAGAUGCCGAGAUACAAGAGUGGUAUAAAGGAUUUUUGAAAGACUGUCCAAGUGGGCAUUUAUCAGUGGAGGAAUUUAAAAAAAUUUAUGGAAAUUUCUUUCCAUACGGGGAUGCAAGUAAGUUUGCUGAACACGUUUUUCGUACAUUUGACGCAAAUGGCGAUGGGACCAUUGAUUUCAGAGAAUUUCUCUGUGCUCUCAGUGUUACAUCGAGAGGAAAAUUAGAACAAAAAUUGAAAUGGGCCUUUUCAAUGUAUGAUUUAGAUGGAAACGGAUACAUUUCGCGCCAAGAAAUGCUCGAAAUAGUAACGAGCAGAAAUGGACGAACCGAAACUACCAAUUCUGCAAAUCCUCUAUCAACUAUCUCUUAUUCUUUAGACAUGAAGGGAUCAAUAUUAAAUCGAUAGUCGGUCUAACAUAGAAAGAGCUGCGUUUAAAACAGGUCCAUUGUCCAUUUUUCCGCUCCUGGAAUGUCCAGAAGUGAAAAAAGUUACAAUUCGUUACAAUUUAGCUAAAAAAUAGAAGAAUUUGACUUGAUUUAAAAAAAAAAAUUGAUAAUUUACUUGAGUAAAAAUUAAUGUUCGGCGCAUAUAUGUUCAAUUCGAUUACAAAGCCGAAGUUUUGUGCCGGUAAUGGCAGUAAUUCACCUGAUUAUUUACGUCUAGUUCAUGCUACUACUCUUUGCAACAUAUCAUCCUGUUCUGGUUAUCAUUAGCCUAUGGUUGAAUAGAUAACCAACACUCUUCCGCAAUGUCUCCAAGACCUUAUGAACAGAGAGUAUAGGUUAUGAUCUUCAUACUUUUGGUAAACACUUGCCGUCUUUUCAAAUUCGGAAUGGCUUUCUAUCUUAUACCCGAAUUCAUUUAACACAAUCGAAAUUCUGCUUUAUAUUUUCUAUAGUUUCCAUUGUGCCAAGUUAUCAUCCAUUCGACUCGCACUGAUAAUCUUCCCUAUACUAGAUUUUAGACCGAGGUGUAAUAAUCAGUGCAUGAACCAUUGUAAUAAUGCUGUUUGUUAGCAAUGUUGUGACCCCACAAUGUUGGUGUUUAAUUUUGGGGCUGCUUGACACUUUAUGAGGAUAGGAGGCUGACAAGAUCCAUGUAAGCACUUUUGCUAAGCUAGCUAGCUUAUGAGAAGACAUUUACACCUAAGAAAAUAGCAUGUACUUACCCUUCAACGAACACGUGGACGGAGCAAACCUAACCUACCGAACGAGUAUACUCUCCCUCGGACUUUCAUUAUCCGCUCUACCUAAUGGUCUCUUUCGGCCAAUAAUUUCUAUGGAAGACCCCGAAAUAUUUUUCAUCUUACCGUUUCACGUUUCACAAUUAAAACGUCCCGCCAUUCCUCCAUCCCUCGAUCGGGAAAACCCAGAUCAACCAAAAACUUGGAAAAAUGGCGUCAAAACGUCUUCUGCCGUUAAACUCUUUCUCCUGCGAGAACUUAACAAUCCUCUCAAUACAUGGUUGCAUUCUUUUUAAAAAAAAAAAAAAAAAAAAGAAACCUCCUAUUACACCAUCUUCGUUUUCUUGCAGCCUUGAGAGCAACAUCGAGCCAAAUAUGCUACAUGGCUUGGAUUACUGUCAGUAAGCUAUAUUGAUAAUAAUCUCUUAAAAACCAAUCUUUAUUUUAGAGGAUGCAUAAGUUAUCUUAACGUGCUAUUUAAACGCACUCUGCGUAUUUGGACCGUAUACGUUCAACCUUUUAACUUGGUCGAAGCGAGGCAAGGACAAAAACAUCAACGACGAACUGGUAAAGUGUUCAAUAAUUUCGAGGACGAUGAUAGCAAAAUCUACUAUGUUUCUAUCGCAUGAAGAGUGUAGAUUAAUUGUCUUCUGUAAAGCGCUUUGCGAUUCUUGUUUAUUCAGUGCAUUAAUCCAUCCAUUAAUUUUCAGUCCCACUAUCACUGCUGUGUAUGGAUCACAAAUACUAACAACUUACUACAAGCUCGGAUUUCUGAUAUUGUGCUGAGGGAUAUAUUUCGCAGACGUUUAAAUUGUUAACUGGCUUCACAAACAUUGUCCCUAUGGUGACCGUAUUUGUAGAGUGUUCUUUACUUUAUUCUUACUCAAAUAUUUACUUUGAUUAACUUCUGAAAGUUUUUGCUUGUGCGUCCUCUUAGUUGGGUCUAACUUUUGCAAUUAUCCGAAAGAAUGCUAUGAUAUCGACUCUUGAAAGUUGUUAUGAAAACCGGCGCUUUUUCUAAGUCAUGUAUUAUUUUUUACUAUAAUCUCAAAAAUUUGAAUUUAAUGAAAGUUAAAAAAAUUAAGACGUAAGUUUUCUUUCAUUUCUCUGUCUCUAUGAGUCAUUUUUCGUAAGAACUUCUUCAUACGACACAUUGAUCCAGUAAAACUUCAAGUUUUUGAUUCUGAAAUAUAUGUUGUUUACAAUUUCUUAUUAGCCAUAACGACGAUCAACUCUCCUAUUUCAUCUUUCCCUUUGCCUUUAUUGAUUCCAAUAUUUUUGAAUGCAAUGUUAUCAAGCCCAAUGAACUUAUUUUGCUUCUUUUUUUAGUGCCUUCAUUAUAUUGAGAGCACGAUGUCGAGAGAAAGAAUUCUUAUUUAGUUUCCUUGGCUUCAAUUCACUUUUGAGCUGCUCGACUUGCGAUUCCCUAAAUUGUACUUUUGAACUCAGGUAUAGGUCGAGACAAAUUGUAAUUAGAAAAAUCAAGAAUCAAUAUCUGAUGAACAAAUCACGGAAUAGUGCAUCCGAAUUUAAUACUACUCAUUUUCCUUGGUCAAUGGAUGCAAUACGUGGUCGAGCGUUUUCAUGUUAAGAAAUCAUUUUAUCACGUUUUCCAGGGUGUCCUGUCGCUGGGAAUCACCAAUGGUUUCGCAUCGGCUAUAAAAACCUGAAUUCUGGGAACGAACAAGUUUUAGAUAUACUUUAUCAUACGUGUGACCCAUGGCAAGUCAAUUGACUGAAUUAAUUUCUUAAAAGUACAGCGUAUGAAGCCGAUGCAUUGCAACGAGUGUUAUCAAUAUUGGAU